UCCCAGCUUGCCUUCAUGUUGCCCAUUUCCUUCUCUGCAUUUAUCCUCUCUGCCUGCUGCUUAACCAAAGGAAACUGCAUCUCCUAUGAUGAGCUGAAAGAGCUGAAAACUGAAUUCGCCAUCAAUCUCUACCGGCAUAUAUCUGAAGCAGAGAACAGAACCAAUCUGGUAGUCUCUCCAGCAAGUGUGGCUGUUUCUUUGGAGCUGCUGCAGUUUGGAGCGCAAGGAAAUACCUUUAUAGAGCUGCAGGAUGCCCUAGGAUACAACAUUCAUGAUCAAAGCGCGCAGGACUUCUUGCGCGCAGUGUAUGAAGGAGUGACCGACUCGAGCCAAGGCACAGUGGUUCAGCUGGCAUGUUCCUUCUUUGUGGAUGCUGGCACGCAGCUCUCGCCUCACUUCACUGCACAUGCCGCACGCUGGGCGAACAGCAGCCUGCAGCAAACCAACUUUACUGACCCCAACAGAACCAGGGCCCAAAUACAGGAAUGGAUCACCAGUAACCUUGCAGGUGGGGAUGUGCAUGGCAUGCUGUUGGAGACUGCUAGGUCGUCGCUCAGCCAGGUUGCCUUGGUGAGCACCAUGUAUUUCAGAAGCACGUGGCAAAAGAAGUUUUCCCUUAUGGACACUCAGAUGUUGCCUUUUACCACAUCAGAGGGCUCAACCCUGAAAGUGCCCACAAUGCAUCAUACAGCUGAAGUUAACUACGGCCAGUUCCAGACUGCGGCUCUGGAAGCGUUCAGUGUGGUCGAGUUACCCUACCUGGGGGAGAAACACAGCAUGUUCCUAGUGCUUCCCAGCCAUAAAAGAACACCUUUGUCCCAGAUUGAGUCUCACCUUUCUGCCAAAGACAUAACCCUCUGGGCCAACAGCUUAAAGAGAACAAAGAUGGAUAUUUUUCUACCUAGGUUCAGUAUUCAAAGCCUUUUUGACCUAAAGACAGUUUUUUCUGCCUUGGGAGUUAAAGACGCAUUUGAUCCCAUCACUGCUAAUUUUAAAGGCAUUUCAGAUCAAGAUAGUCUUUACAUUUCGGAAGCUAUUCACAAAGCAGAGAUUGAAAUAACAGAAGAUGGUACAAAGGCAUCAGGAGCUACAGCAAUGGUAUUACUAAAAAGAUCUCGAACACCUAUUUUCAAAGCAGACCGACCCUUCACAUUUUUUCUGAGACAAGUUAAUACAGGUUCAGUACUCUUUAUAGGAAGAGUUACAAAUCCUUCAUAA